AGUGCGAAACUUAAACUGCGCAUGAGCAGAAGAUCGAUAGUGCUUUAACGUUCGAGGUAACACAAACUUCUCAAUCUCCCUACGUAUCGUUGUCGACGGUCGAUAGCCAGCGAUCAUGUUCAUCUACGGACCAGUGACAGCUCUGGGCUUACUAAACCUGUCCACCUGACUGGAAUAUGUGGAAUUAACGUUUUCUGUCUCGCGUCGUACCUCAUUGAUUAUUGUUGAUUGCGAGAAUGUCUUGUCACGGCUGUGCGACGAAAUUUGGAGUGUUCACCAAAGAGAAAGGGUGCCCUAGCUGCGGUUUCGCAUUUUGCAAAAAGUGUUUGCGUUUUAAAGCUGUUAUCCCGAGGCUGGGCAUAACUGAGCAAAAUGUAUGCAAAUCAUGUUAUGACCAGAAUUCAAGUGAAAAAAGAGACGAAGAGAAAGAAUGUCGCUCUCCCCCAGAUGUAUUUUUGAGAAGAUUAGAGUCUUUGGAGAAUCCAGCUCGACCUCCGAUCACAGUUUACCAUCACGAUUCUCGCAUGGAACAAUUAAAGACUGGAUUGACGGCUGAAGAUCGAGAGAUCGCUGAACGACUGGAGAAAUUGAAGGAUGAAAGAAAACGUCAACGUGAGGUGCCAACAGAAGAAGAUAUAGUUCGCAGAUUGGCAGCUCUUAAGGGCCAGAAUCCGGAGACUGCUGUGGAAGUGACAUUAAAGAAGAAAGAGGUUUUCAACUUGCCAGAUACACGGUCAAAUGAACAGAAGACAAAUGAUCUAAUUAAGCAACUUAUUGAGGAGCAGAUAUUGGCAGUUAAACACAUUAGUCCUGAAGAACUAAUUGCAAAACGAUUAGCUCGUCUAAGAGGUGAUGAUGCUGCUCCUACUGCUGGUGCAAGUCCAGAUAAGUCUAAUGAAGUGGAUGUAGAAGCAGUAGCUGGUAAACCAUCAGAAAAUACAGAAAGUUCUGAGCAUACUGAUGACUUUAAGACCCUAAUGAAAAUGGCCAAGACUGAAUGGGAUGCUGUUCAAAAGGAGUUGAAACCUGGAAUGAAAAAAUCAAAGACUGGAGAAAAUGUACAGGAUGAAUCAGAAGAAUCUGAAGACAACCAGGCAGUUGACCAAGUUGUAAGAAGGGCAAUGGAUGAGGCAGCACUGGGUAUCGAUGAUGCUGAAAAAGAACUGGAAAGUACAGCAGCAGAGGAUACAGAAGAGCUGCCAUGGUGUACUAUCUGCAAUGAAGAUGCCAUCAUACGAUGUGUGACUUGUGAUGGUGACCUAUAUUGCAACAGAUGUUUUGCAGAAUUCCAUGAUGAUGAGGAUAUGAAAAGACAUCGAACUGUCCCUUUCAAAUCACAAAGAGAGGACUAAAUCCUGAAGUUGAAAUAUAAUAAAUACAUAAUUUACGGUAAAAAAUAUGGUUUUGAAGUUUAUAGAUAAUAAUUGUAUUUUAUGUAUUGUUCUAUUCAUUGUCGAUGUUGAUCUUUAAUGUACGAAGAAGGUUAACAUAUUUGUGAAAUUAUAUUGAUACUGAACAUGUGCUUUUUAGUGCUUCGUUGAAACUGCUUUGUUUCAAGCAUUCAAACUGUGAUAACUUGAGUUAGUUAUAAUAAGAAUUAUGCUACUUUAAGCACUCCUAGAUAAAUUUGUAAAUUUCACAUGCAGGAAAAAUAAAAAACAUUACUUCUCCCAGCAAUUCAAGAUUUUCUUUUUCUCAGUGUUACGGUAUAUGAAAAUAAUAUCAAAACUAUUUUGAAUUUUGCCUAUUGAGAUCCAUACAAAUGACUCAAUUCAAAAACAAUUCUGCAUGAAGCUUUUACAAACAUAUAACUUAGUAGUAGCUUUUAUUAUUGUAGGAUAAGAAUAAAUUUGUUGCUAACUGGGCCCUAACAUAAUGUCAAUGCUAAUGUGUAGUUUUGGAGUAUGUUUUGAGGGAUGGAAUUUUAAGAAUAUACAUUAUACUUCCCUCUUGAAUUUAACGGAAUGUGCAUUGCAAUAAUCCCAUACAUUUUCGUGUUUACUAAGCGCAUCAAAAUUCAAAGCGAGGGAUAUUAAGGGAAUCAAAUCAACUAGGUGUUGAAUGUAAAGAAAAGCGAUAAAGUAUCUAUCCAUUAAUAUUGAUGCCCAAAUACUUCAGUAACAUAUUUUCUGUGGUCAAUAUGACUUAUAGCCUUUCCAGACUGUCUUACUGGUCUUAUAACAAAUGUGGAUAAGGGUGAGGCCAAGAAUUGGAAUUUUUCAAGGAAAGGAAAAUAGAUAUGAAAUAAACUGGGGAUCGAACCACUGCUGGAAAAACUGGAAAGAUUGUAGGAACAUCUUAGAAGAAUACCUGAUAGAUUAGUAGUAGACAAAUUGUAUAUAAAAUUACAAAUAAGGCAGUUAUAAAUAAAAAUUACAUGAAAUCUAAAAUUGAAUGAAUGCAAAUAACUAGUCCAGGUAUGCAACAUUUUUACUGAGUGCAGACGUUUUACGUAUUACUCUGACAAACAUCUCUUACAAUCAUCUUUUAUACAAGAUUUCUUUUAUAAAAUGUACUCUGAAAUAGCCAAAAAAAUCAAAAAUAAAGGGCAUCAUGUUUUCUUACUUCACCAUUCACACAUUAUUAAAGUCAAAUGUCCUGGAUAUUAAUAUGCAAAUAUUAAAAGUAAGUAUUUAAUUUCAGCUUUAAACCACUAUCAUCUUUAAUCAAUAUUUAAGUAGAGAAGGUUCAAAAUGCAG